UAACACCAAAAAACGUCAAUAUUACCAUAUCCCACCAGCUGUACUUUGUGCUCCCCAACAUCUUAUUGGCUCAUCCCCCACAGGAUAACAUCAAGUACCUCUUACCUUUUACUCAAUCUAAAACCGCCAUUCUAUACACUCUUCUCCUGUGAGUGCUUUCCCCUAUCGUACGCCCCCCCUGCCCCUUAUCUGCUAAUCGUACACCCCCACUCUCACUCCUUUCAAAGAUCCCAUCAUCACCUGCAACCCUAGUUUCUUUAUGUACUUGUGCAUAUACAUACACACAGAGGUAGUUUGAUCAUUGAUGUACAAAGUUUUCCAGAUUUAAUGAAUCUUUGCUAGUGGGUUUGGUUUAGUACUUUGGUUUGUCAGAUUUGAAUCUUUGUCAGGGGUAUUUUCGGUAUAGAUCUAGGUUUUUUCAAGAUUAGGGUUUUCAUGCAACUGGAUCUUGAAACACUUUAAACACUUUAUAAACACUUCAAACAAAUCUUGAAACUGAUAACCAUGGCUAACCGGUGGUGGUCUGGAAAUGUGGGGAUGAACCCAAUGACGUCAUCCGGUAACCCACCGUCGCUACACCUUCACCACACGGCGGAUGACGGUAAACCUGUGUUAAACAAUAACACAAACCCUAACCCUAAUGAUUCAACAAACGAUGAGAACGAUGAAGAGUUUGGGGAACAAGAACAACACAACAACGUUUUGGAGGUUUCAGAACCCACAAGCUCUGGCGGCGGCCGGCGGCCACGUGGACGACCGCCGGGAUCCAAAAACAAACCGAAACCACCGGUGGUUAUUACUAAAGAAAGCCCUAAUGCGUUACGGAGCCACGUGUUGGAGAUUAGCACCGGAAGUGAUGUUUCGGAAUGUAUUGCAACGUUUGCUCAACGCCGGCACCGUGGGGUUUCUGUUUUAAGUGGAAACGGCGUCGUUACGAAUGUAACUCUCCGGCAGCCGGCGGCACCUGGUGGCGUGUUGAAUUUGCAAGGGAGGUUUGAAAUAUUGUCACUUUCGGGUGCGUUUUUACCCGCACCGUCGCCACCUGGGGCUACUGGGUUGACGGUGUAUUUAGCCGGUGGUCAGGGGCAGGUGGUGGGUGGGACGGUGGUGGGGCAGUUGACGGCGGCGGGCCCGGUAAUGGUGAUUGCGGCGACGUUUACUAACGCUACUUAUGAGAGGUUACCGUUGGAAGAUGAAGUUGAAGGGGGUGAAAUGGAAAUAGAGCGAAGUUCAGGGGUGAAUGCUGGGAAUAGUCCGAAAUCUGGAGGGGUUGGUGUUCAGACGGAUAAUGUUGCGGCUUCUUCGAUGACAGUUUACAAUCAGGCCCCUAAACUAUUGCCGAAUGGGCAAAUGCAUCAGGAUAUGUUUUGGGCGACUCCCCCACGCUCUUCUCCGUCUAAUUUUUAGCUGGUUUAGUUCUAAGUUGUUUUUUUUUGUGGAAAGUGAAUGAUAGUUUGACUUUGUUGUUGUGAUGUAAUUUUACCUAGACUUUUCUAUUUUGGGCCUUUGGGGUUUAGUC